GAGGUGGGAUUAAAGAUGGCGGCGCGGAGCCAGGGCGAAGCUGCCGGUCAGGGUCACUCCCGGCUCCUGCUGGCCGUCCUCCUAAGCGCCCUGAGGAGCUCGCUGGGCACGACACACUGGAUUGUGACCGAGGACGGGAAGAUUCAGCAGCAGGUGGAUUCCCCUCUUAAUUUGAAACAUCCCCAUGAUUUGGUGGUGUUCAUGAGACAGGAAGCGACAGUCAACUACCUCAAAGAGUUGGAAAAACAUUUAGUAGCUCAGAAAAUUCAUAUAGAAGAAAAUGAAGAUCGAGACACAGGUUUGGAACAGAGACACUACAAAGAGGACUCUGACUGCAUUAAAGCCAAAGUGCCCCUCGGGGACCUCGAUCUAUAUGAUGGAACAUACAUUUCUCUCGAGAGCAAGGAUAUCAGUCCUGAAGAAUACAUUGAUGCAAAAGCCCCAUUACCUCCAGACCUAGAAACACCAGACUGUACAAAAACGAUGGAGCUUCCAUUUAGUAUUCAUGCCUUUCAGCACUUGAGGGGUAUCCAAGAACGAAUUAAUCUUACAGCACCAGUAUUAUCAAAAGAGGAUCCUAUCUUUAUCAGCUUAUCAAGAAGAUUAGGUCGAAGUAUUGAAGAAAUAGGGCAUAGAAUUAAUGCGGCCUUGUUGAAGAAUACAUCAUCGUGGGUGCUGUAUAACAUGGCUUCCUUUUACUGGAGGAUGAAGAAUGAGCCAUACCAGGUGGUAGAAUGUGUCAUUCGAGCACUGCAUUUUUCUCCACGGCAACAUAAAGAUAUAGCAUUGAUGAAUUUGGCCAAUGUCUUGCACCGAGCCCAUUUCUCAGCAGAUGCAGCCAUAUUGGUUCAUGCAGCACUGGAUGUAUCCACUGACUUCCUCACCAGUCAUUAUACUCUUGGAAACAUUUAUGCAAUGUUGGGGGAGUAUAACCAUUCAGUACUAUGCUAUGAUCAGGCAUUGCUUAUAAGGCCAGGUUUUGAACAUGCAAUGAGACGGAAGCAUGCUGUCCUGUGCCAGCAGAAACUGGAGCAAAAACUGGAGGCACAGCACAGAUCUCUGCAGCGAACGUUAAAUGAGCUGAAGGAGUACCAGAAGCAGCAUGAUAAUUACCUGAGGCAGCAAGAAUUGCUGGAGAAGCACAAAGUUAUGCAAGAUGAGCAGCUGCUGAGAAAUAUAAUCCAUGAAACACAAAUGGCUAAAGAGACUCAGCUAGGAAACCACCAGCUUUGUCGCUGGGUUAACAAACAGCAAAUUUUACACUGCCAGUGGGAUCGUCCUGUGCGCUAUACCAGAGGAGACCUAUUUGAUACAGUAGAGCAUGUACAGUUUGGCGAGGACAGUUCUACCUCCAGUAUGAUGCCCGUUGAGAUGAAGUUGGUGAUGAAUAUGACUUGGAGCAACAUACAACAGCAAUUUCCAUCAUCACCAGCAGGUCGAUCUGUGUUGAAUAUAUGGGGAAAGGAUUUCUCAAGCUACAAUGAUAUAUUAUGGCCCAAAAGGUUGGACUGUAUGCACACCUAUCCCACUCUCCCCACUGCAUCUGAUCUUCCAACAUACUUUCUACCUCCAGAGUACAAAGGUUUUGGUGUCCGAUCACUCCUGACAUCUUCAGAAAAGCAAGAUAGAGAUGUGGCUGGCCGCCUUCCUGACUGUUCUUCCAUGUUAGAUUUCCGCAAUAAUGAAAAGCUGUACCACCUAGUGAAAGAACUGGAAAACAGGCCGGAUUUGAAAUCUGGAAUGCCAGACUACUAUGCCAAGCAGGCUCUGUUUUCUCACUUGAGUAUUAUUGAGGAACAAGUUGGAGAGGUCAUCUCACAAGCUAUUGAAAAGCAAACUGCUCCAAUGUGGUUACUAUUGAAUGAAGCAGGUUUGUACUGGAGAGCUAUUGGGAACACAACCUCUGCUCUUGACUGUUUGAGACAAGCACUGAAUCUGGUUCCAGAAGAUUAUAUGGACAUUCCACUAGUCAAUCUGGCUAACCUACUAAUUCACAUUGGGCUACAUCAGGAUGCUGCAGCUCUUUUACAGAAAGCUCUUGCUAUUAACAGCACAGAGCCACUGACACUUCUCAGCUUAGGAAAUGCCUAUCUGGCUUUGAGGAAUGUUAGCGCCGCUCUUCAAGUCUUCAGAACAGCGUUGGACAGAACAACUAGAUGUCCUGAAUGUGACAGCAACCUGAAAUUAAUCCGCUGUCUACAGUUCUACCCUUUUUUAUACAACCUUACAUCUUCCAAAUGUGCAGAAGAUCAUUGUUACAGCAGUCAGAAGGAUUUAUCAGCUCAUGAGCACCAGAAGUAUUUUGCUGAUCCAGAAAAGAUAAUUGAGUCCUCAGAGGAAGCCAUUAUAGAAGAACCCUCUCAACCGUCCAGACAUUCAACAGUGGAUUCUUCACCAUCUGAUCUUAAAACUGUAAUUGUGGCAGAAAGUAACAGCACUGAUGAAAGGGAAAUUCCCAAAAAUUUGGAGCCUGAUGAAAAUCCAUCUGCCACAGCAGAAGUUUUUGAAAAUACUUGGCCCUCAGAAAAAGACCUUCUGGGAGCAUUCGAAGGUGCAUUUGAGGUUAAAGGACAUCGAGUGGAUCUACAGGGUAUUCGGGUUUUGAAGAAAGGUAUCCAGGACGGAGUGCCUGGAUCUUGUUUUGGAGAUUGCGAGGGUGAUGAUGAUGAUGAUGCUGAAUGGAUCACUGUUCAAGUUAAACGUAUAAAAAAGUCAAAAACAGACAGUGCAGAGAACCAGGACUACGAUGGUCGAAGCGGUGAGAAAAGUGACAAUUAUCUAAUAAAUGAGGAAGAUGAUGAUCAUUAUCGCUCUGCGUUUGAAAUAACUGGGCCUAAAGUACCCUCUCCAGGACCACAAGGAAAGAAGAGAGAUUAUAUCAGUCUUGGAUGGCCCAGCCCUGAUGAAUGUCUGAAGAUCCGAAGAGUGGAGCUUACAACCGUUGCAAGCACAUGGCUAGCAGUUUCAGCCAAAAAUAUAGAUAUUACAGAACAUAUUGACUUUGCCACCUCUCUCCAAGAACCAGCAGUAGAACCUGUUUGUAAUGCCAACCUUCCUGCCAGUAUGCACACCUUAGACCAUUUGCAUGGUGUGGCAAGCCGACUCAGUAUACAUUAUACUGGAGAAAGCCAAUUGAAGGAGGUUUUACAAAAUCUAGGCAAAGAGAAGUAUCCACCCCAGUCUUUUGAGCAGGUUGGAACACGAAUAGCCAAAGUGUUAGAAAAAAAUCAAACAUCCUGGGUGAUUUCAAGUAUGGCUGCACUGUAUUGGAGGGUUAGAGGUCAAGGAAAGAAAGCUAUUGACUGUCUACGUCAAGCAUUGCACUAUGCACCUCACCACAUGAAGGAUGUGCCUCUCAUUAGUUUGGCAAAUAUUUUUCACAACGCUAAACUAUGGGAUGAUGCAAUCAUCGUUGCUACUAUGGCAGUAGAAAUCGCUCCACACUUUGUCGUCAAUCACUUUACCCUGGCUAAUGUCUACGUAGCAAUGGAAGAUUACGAGAAAGCAAUGCGAUGGUACGAGUCUACUUUGAAGCUACAACCGGAGUUUGCACCAGCUAAAGAUCGUCUUCGCACAAUCCAGUGCCACUUGUUAAUGAAAAAGGAGAGGCAUUCUCCAUAAGGGUAACGCCCUGAGCAUCAGACACAAUUAUCCAAUUCCUGCUUCAGACCAUUUAAAAUGGCACACACCUAGAUUAAUUGAGGGGGGUUUCAUUUGUGAGAAUUUAGUAGAUGGAACAUGAAAUGAGCUAUGGAACAAAGCUUUAAAAGAGUAUUGUAACUAUCACCUUAAUAUAAUUACAGGAAAGAAAAAUAAAUUACAUUAAAAACGAAUUACAGUGGUAUUGAUUUUGUAUUACAAAUGAUGUACAAAACUUUAAAAUGGUUUUCAGAAUGUUUUGUGUAUGCAGAUCAAGUCAGGAAACUGCAAUUUUAAAUCCUUGUGGGCAAUAAUGGGGACCUGUGUGAAGGUGGAACAAUAAAUAAUUUCUUAAUGA